CUAAAGUGACCGGGUGUGUGCACUGUAACGGCCGGGUGUGAGUGUAGCACUCUAGGUCCCUUUAUGCUCUGGUUCCGCUCAGUGGUUAACGUCAGGCUGAAAGACGGUGAGCAGUUGUGCUGCGUGUAAGGAAAACAGUCACCAUUUUCAUGGCAGGGAUUUUGCGCUCAAUAGUUCAGAGGCCCCCAGGCAGACUACAAAUGGUGACAAAAGGUGUGGAGCCUCUUAUUUGUACAGAUUGGAUUCGUCACAAAUUUACGAAGUCAAGAAUUCCAGAGGAAGUUUUUCAGGCUUCACUUGAAGAUCAUGAAAAAUAUGGUGGGGACCCAGAGCAACCUCAUAAACUGCAUAUUGUUACCAGAAUAAAAAGCACAAAAAGACGUCCAUAUUGGGAGAAAGAUACAAUAAAGAUGCUUGGGUUACAAAAAGCACACACUCCUCAAGUUCACAAGAACAUCCCUUCAGUGAAUGCAAAACUGAAAGUGGUUAAACAUUUGAUAAGAAUCAAGCCCCUAAAGCUGCCACAAGGUCUCCCAACAGAGGAGAACAUGUCCAACACGUGCCUCAAGAGCACUGGAGAGCUGGUGGUGGGGUGGCUUCAGAACCCCACAGACCAGGAAGCGAAGAAGUCCUGAUUGCCUCACAGCUGCAGAGUAAAAAGUGCAAGUCAUUUCUAUUUAAAGGGUGAGAAAGUGUUCUCAUUAAAAUAUGUUUUAAAUUCUAGUCAUUUUCACUGGCUAAA